AUGGAGAUCGGAACUCAACAUGUCGCCAAGCUAGAGCCCUUCCUCCUGAUGUCGAAGGCCGCAAAGGGUGCAGCCGCAGCUAAGCUCAUCCAGGACGCCACUUCCGCGCCCGGUGUAUUCGUCUUCGGAGAGCUACUCGACUUGCCGAAUAUCCAAGAACUGGCUACCCAUGAAACACAUUCGCGGUUCUACUCACUGCUCCAGUUGUUCGCAUACAAGACGUACGCGGACUACAUCCAGCACAAGGACUCUCUCCCGCCUUUGAACGACGCACAGACCAUCAAGCUGAAGCAGCUCACGCUCGUCUCAUUGGCGCAAGACAGCCGCAUCCUUCCCUACAAUGAACUGCUCCGAGUUCUUGAUAUGCCCACUGUUCGCGAUUUGGAGGACUUGAUCAUCGACGCCAUCUACCUCGACAUCGUGCGGGGCAAGCUCGAUCAGAAGGAGGGACAGUUCGAAAUUGAGUACACGAUGGGUCGUGAUCUAGAACCUGGGAAGCUGGAGCAGCUGCUGGUGUCACUGCAGAACUGGGCGUCCACUACCGCCGCGGUGCUCGCCACCUUGGACAAUAAGCUCUCUGAGCUCUCCAACCGCACCGUCACCGCGAAGACGAUGAAGGAGGUUUACGACAGAGGCUACCAGUCGACACUAAAGGAGGUCGUGGACAAGCAGAAGGAGGCACGCAACGCGAACAAAGCGCAUGUGUUCCCGUCGGGGGGGCGUUCGGGCCUUACGGCUGCCGGAAAGCUCGAACUACAGCGUGAACAAGAAAGGCAGCAGCAGAGGGAGCGUGAACUGCGGGGCAAGGAUAACGAGAACGAUGAGAAUAGCAUGGACAUAGACGAGCCUGCGGAGGGCUCGAAGGGCAAAGGGCGCAAGUGA